AUGACUACUGUAUUCCUUGGUGAGAGGGACUCGGUAGCGCAUGGCUCCUACGAAUGGACUGCGAACGCGUAUUCACCCCCACAAGAGGGGAUGGAUGGGCAGAGCUAUUUCAAGAACGCGGUCCAGCGCCACAAUGGUGUUGGGUCGUGGCUAGAGCUAUGGGACUACGCCGGCGGGUGUAGUUUCAAGGGCUUCGUGGCUGGGGCAGACGACGAAAGGUGUCUGUUUACGUUUUUUGAUCACUCGGUCAUCAAUCGCGAUUUGAAGCAAGCAUUGAUGGCAAUAAUCGAUCUAGCAAGCAGUCCCUUGGGAUGUUCUCAGGUUGUGGUUUGUCUCGACAGGUCAAUUUCGGCCGAGGAUAGCAAGUCACUGCUGAAGAGCCUCCGAUGGGUCGGCUUCGAGCUGGUCACACUCGACUUAUGGGCAGAAUCACGCAGCAGGCCGAGCAACGAGUGGCUUUUCCUUGGAAUGGAGUUGUAG